AUGGAGACAAACUGGAAGCCCUUUAUGAAGUCCACUGCCGAUGAUUGGACAAGCAUCCCAGACCCUGCUCAGCGUAAGCGGAUCCAGAACAGGCUAUCUCAGCGGGCUAGGCGUAUGAGACAAAAGAAAGCGAUAACACAAUCCGAUUCUGGAAGCGUGACUACGGACGCCUCUUCUGCAGGAGAUGCCAUGCCGUCCCCUGACCAAGGGCAAUCUUUCGCUCAACAUGACUUAAACACAGUUGUGGUGGACACACUCGGAACAAGUCCCUUGGCAGACAGUCACUUCAUCAUUCUGGCAGACAUGACCGCCUGCGCCGCUCUCGCCGUCAUCGCCGAGUGUCUCAACCUCGACUGUCAACCACGGCCAGGCUUCCACAUAAAAGCCCUAUUUCUGGAGCUUCCAUCAGCUAUAGCGCCAACCGAUCUGCAAAAGCUGGUCCCACACAAGCCUUACUUGGACAUGUUGCCGUGGGCGUCGUUGAGGGACAAGCUGCUCCAAUCCGUAUCUGUUAUCAAUGAAGACGAAUUUAUGGCCGACAUGCGGAGUGGUAAUUUAAGGGUUUGGGGCCAGGUGCCGUGGGACCCAAUGGGGUGGGAGGUUACUCCUGACUUUGCAAGGAGGUGGUGGUUUUUGAUGGACGCGGGUAUUGUACGGACGAGUAACUUUUGGAGGUCUCAGAGAGGAGAGCCUCCUUUGACUAUACAUGCGCUGUAG